UCCCACUUCACACUCUCCCUGGCCGAUUAAAAACAAAUCCGAACAAGCUAUGAGAAGCUUAGUCCGGGCUUCUCCUCAAUUUCUCGCCAAAUUAUCGUCUCUCUUCCUGAACCAGAGUUACCAGUCCACUAGCUGUCAGCGCCAAUACUUGCGCAGCUUCCCUCUCUUUAAAACCUCGAAGCCCACUCUCUCUCUCAGAACCUUCGCGAGCAUGGCUAGUUCGGACGAGUUCGUCAAGGGAAGUGUUCACCCUAACGGCGUCGCAGUGAUCACCCUCGAUCGCCCCAAGGCUCUCAAUGCAAUGAACCUAGAUAUGGAUAUAAGGUAUAAAAGUUUUCUUGAUGAAUGGGAAUCAGACCCAAGGGUCAAAUGUGUUCUGAUUGAUAGCAGCUCCCCUCGUGCCUUUUCUGCAGGAAUGGAUAUUAAAGGGGUUGUUGCAGAGAUUCUAAAGGACAAAAGUGGUGAUAUCAAGCAGAUCUCAACCAAAAACCAACUAUCAGAUGUGAUUGAGGUAUUCACCGCUGAGUAUUCUCUGAUAUGCAAGAUUUCUGAGUAUAAGAAGCCAUAUAUAUCCUUCAUGGAUGGCAUAACAAUGGGCUUUGGAAUAGGCCUAUCUGGUCAUGGCCGCUACCGGAUCAUAACAGAGAGGACUCUUCUUGCUAUGCCAGAAAACGGAAUUGGCUUGUUCCCAGAUGUUGGGUUUGCACAUAUAGCUGCGCAGAGUCCAGGAGAAGGAUCAGUUGGUGCGUACCUUGGAAUGACCGGAAAAAGGAUUUCUACACCCUCUGAUGCACUAUACAUAGGUCUUGGUUCACAUUUCGUGCCAUCUGGGAGCCUGGGUUCUUUAAAGGAGGCCCUUUUGGCAACUACAUUUUCCGAGGAUCCACAUCAAGACAUCAAAACCCUUUUGGCAAAAUACAGCAGUAACCCUGAGUCUGAGCCCCAGUUAAAAUUGCUUUUACCUCACAUUAUUUCAUCAUUUGGUGCAAGUAAAUCAGUUAAUGAGACAAUUGAGGAACUGAAAAGGCAUCAGCUGAGUAGCGAAUCUGCUGUUGUAGAGUGGGCUAAUGAAGCUCUUCAAGGACUUGGAAAAGGUGCUCCUUUCUCGCUUUCCUUAACACAGAAGCAUUUUUCUAGAGUUGCAUCUGCAUAUGGAAAAAAUGACAAUGAAUUAUCCACACUAAGCGGUGUGAUGAAAACUGAAUAUCGCAUUGCCCUGAGGUCUUCUCUGCGGAAUGACUUUGCUGAAGGUGUCCGGGCGGUUUUGGUGGACAAGGAUCAGAACCCAAAGUGGAAUCCUUCGAGUUUGGAGGAAGUCAAUCACAGUGAGUUGGAAACUCUAUUUGACCCAUUGAGCCCAGAAGCCGAGGAGCUGAGAGUGUGAUGGAUCAUGGAUGCAACACAGCUUUACUAGUCCAUCCUUGUUGCAUCAGCAACAGAGAUGGAUUAUGGUACUGUUUGUUGAAUCAUAUAUCUUGCUACCGAGGAGAAUAAGAUUAGUUCACAUGAAGAAAAGCCAUCCAACUUUAUGUAUGGUAUUCUUGUGAAUAAGGAGAUUUUGAUUAUAUGAUUUUUGAAAUUGGAAAACAUUCACAAGAGUUCAUGAAAUUGUCAGAUGGACCUUGCAAAUGAAUGUUAAUGUUUCUUGAUCCAUGUAUGUCUUCCAAAAAGUUCAGGCUCUGAAGAACCUGUUCGAAAAUAUUGAAACGUUUUAUGUGGGUAUAAAUAAAAGACAUAUGAUCUAUUUGUUCAGGAUAUAAGGCAUAUAAUGUCCCUUAAUUUCUUAUUGUUUAUGCUUAUGGACAAAAGAGCUUGUUCCA